UUGGUUACCUUUCCCUCCUGGUUCUCAGAAGAUUACAGAGAUCAUCAAGAAACGAUAUGAUAAACCAUACAAAAAGUUUGGAGAUGUCCCUCUUCCGACAAAGAAGCUUUGGUUUAAGGAGUGGAAGAGCCACUUUCUUAUCGAUGAUGAUGAUGAUGAGUUUUUCUGGAGGGCUUUCAAGUAUAGGACAAGUAAGCGAUUUAGCCAAAUGAUGUCAGAUAUCCGUGAGGGUGUGGAUACAACCCACGAAUGGCUAAUUCCUGCUUACAAAAAGGUGUUGGAAAGGUAUUGGAAAACAGAUGAGAAAUGGAAAAAUAUAAGGAAAAAAGCAAGAGAGAAUCGAGCGUCACUCUUAGGUGGUUCUGUUCAUUGCGGUG